AUGAGUCAUGUCUCGCAAUUACUUGCAGACUUAAACUCACUCGCAUCUGACUCCAAGAAGCGACACCCGGACGUGAGGCAUUCUGUCGACGAGGCUAUCAAACUCUUGAAACAUUACAAGCCAACAACACCAUUGGCCGAGAUCCAGGAUGCAGACACGCAAAAGGCCACAAGUCACAGUUUAACAUCCGCCUGCGAUACGGGCAACGUAAAGCUAAACAAUAUUGCCCUUCCAAUCAUCAAUCGGCUUUUGUUACUUCGGUUCAUCCCCAGUGCAAAUUUGCAACUGGUGAUGAAAUCGUUUGCAGAAUCAUCACAUUUGGCUGUUGACAUCCAAUUGAAGAUUUUGCAGUGCUUGCCGCUAUUUUCAAACUACGCCAAUGACCUAACGGGGAGCCUCAUUAUAGACUUGAUUGACAUUUGCUCGAAUUUGACCUCCAGCAAUAGGUCUCCAAUUGUAAUGAAUGCAGCAUCGGCCACGUUGCAGCAGCUCUUUUCCGAUGUGUUUGAAAGAGCAGCCAAUUCACAAGGCCAGCGUGAUUGCAAGGUCGAGGUGGAUAGCGAUGAAAUCAUUGAAGUUGACCAGUCUUCAUACGAAGCGUAUUUGAUCCUCGCCGACCUUGGGCGGAUAAUAACCAACAACAGACCCACCUAUAUGAAAUCGCUGACGCACAUCAAGGUUCUUUCAGCGUUGGACAUUUGUGAAAACUUACUCCAUGGCCACGAAAAGCUUUUCCAAACGCACCAAGAGUUGGCUUAUUUGCUACGUGUGGAGAUUGUACCGUCUUUGUUGAAGAUGCUCGACUCCCAGAGCAAAAGCUAUGCGUUGAUUGUUCGUGUUUUGAGAAUCAUACAAAUCUUGUUGAGUUCACAGUUGCAGAAUCUAAAGAUUGAAAUCGAGAUUAUCAUCUCGUUCCUUAACCAUAUCUUACUCGACAAUGAAGAAGACGAAGAACUUCGACCCAGAUGGGAAAAGAUUCUCGUGUUGGAGAUGUACAAAAACUUGUUCCAUGAUUUUGGUGCCAUCAAAUCCAUUUUUCAAACUUAUGAUCACGAUAACCUAAAAAAGGACGUCUUGCGAGAGCUAUUCACGAUUCUCGAUUCGUAUCUACAGGAUAUAAAUCCCCUAAGGGACGAUAUAGUGCGGCCACCUCGCGCUUUGUCAGAACAACAAUCUGGUUCUUCAUUCUCAACACGGAUAAUGCACAUUUCUCGAGAAAAUUCGAGCUUGAAAACGCCCAUAUUGGACCACCUUGACAAAUCAGAUCCUCCAGCGACAAUCCCCAGUACCUACCCGAUAUACUUGAUUUUUGAAAUCUUGGUGUCAUUUUCCGUCGGCGUGUCUGAUUUCGUCACUUCACUUUCAGCAGCGGGCGAAAAGGCCAACGAUAUAGAAUCAGAUGUCGAUUUUAUCAACGCGAUUAUGGAGUCAACAGCUUCAGAGGUGUCGUUACUUUACCUGCAGCUUCUUUACACAUCGACUGACAACUCCAUAUUCCAGGUUUUGUUGAAGUCCUUCCAAAGAUUUACACAUACGUUGGGUUUGCUAGGUAUAGAUUCCUUGAGGGAUAAGCUCCUUGUGGUUCUUUCCAAAACCGUGAUUGAAAAUGUGAGCAGGAAGCUGAUUCAACAACACGAACAACAACAACAACAACAACAACAAGGAGAAUAUGAUGAAAAACAAAAAGAAAUGGAAAUAGAAAAAGAAAAAGAAAAAGAAAAAGGAGAGGAAUCUGGUUCUCUUUUAGAAGAGCAGAGAAAGCAAUUGAUGGCGAUUGGCGGAUCGUUGGUCGAUACUAUCAGCGCUACUAUACAGAACUCAACAGCCGACAACAACAAUAAUGAAAACCUGGCUUCUGCUUCCCAGGCGGCGGCUUUAAGGCCAAGAAAUUUGAACCCUAGACAGGUACAGUGUUUGCGGGUGUUGUUGAGUUUGGCAUCCUCUCUAGGAUCAACAUUGGGUCGUUCGUGGUCGGUUAUUUGGAUCACUCUCCAGUGGGCAGCAUAUUUUUUGGAAGGUGCAGACAGCUUUAGCGGGUUUCUGAAAAACAGUCAGCAAGCUGGAGUCUCGCCGCAGUUAAAUGCUGCAGAUUUUGAGGUUAUUGAAGUUUCUUAUCGCAAGCUUUUUGAUAGCAUCGCAGAAAUUCCGCCCGAUGCAUUCAAGGAUUUGCUUCUUUGCUUCAUUGAGCUUUCGGAUGCUGCAUUUAGCGACAACUCUGACAACUCUGACGAAGUUGGCAAGUUUGGAUUGAAGCAAUGCCCUUACAACAAAUCUUUCCCUUUAUCUACAAUUUCUAAAGUCACUGAACUCAACCCAGUGCGGUUCAUCAUUGAAGAUGAUACAAAUUGGGAAAUUGUAUCGGCAUAUUUUACCAAACUCAGUUCUAAUAGAAACUUGAGCACAAGCAUGAGGUUAUUUGCCGCGACAGCAUAUGGCAAAGUAGUUGAGGUCAUGGCAGAAAGAGGCUUUAAUGCCAAGACAGAUGCAAUAAUCGAGCAGACAUCCGUCAAGACGUUGAAAAGUUUGAACCUCUGUUUGCAAGAGUUGUUUGGCCAAGGAAUCGCUGGGGAGUUGUUGAUGCUCAACUGCGAGACGGAGAUUCAUUUGAUGAUAUUGAAGACGCUUCACCGUUUAAUUGAAAAGUAUGAUUCUCAUUAUCAAAGUUCCUGGAAACAAGUGUUUGACAUUCUCAAUACUCCAUUCAAGGGAGCAGGGGACAUUCACCAGAGUCACUUGAAGGACAAGUUUCAGCUAUUGCUUGAGCAUUCUUUUGAUACUCUCAAAUUGAUAUUGGAUGAAUUCUUGUCAACAUUACCGAUUCAACAAUUGAAAUUUUUAGUUGACACACUCGUGAAUUUUGCUCGCCAAACAAACGACCUCAACAUUUCCUUUAGCGCGGUGAGCUACUUUUGGCUCGUGAGCGAUUGCUUUCGAUCGAGACUUGACUCGUUCAGCGAGGAUAGGAACAUUGAAUCGAUUGCAAAUUGGAAACUGGAAGGGGAACUUGUGGAGUUUAUCGACGCUCAGGACGAAUGCUACGCCUCAUAUUUCUCCCUCGACUUGUACCUCUUGUUAUGCUUGGCCAAACUAUCCAAGGAAGAAAUGCAGCGAGCACAAGUGAGAGAGGGGGCCAUCCAUACUUUUUUCCAAAUUAUUGAUGCUCAUGGGCCAAUAUUGAAACAGAAUUGGAGCAUUAUUUACGAAAUUGCUAUACCUAAUGUGGUGAGUAUAUGUCCAAAUCUGUAUUCCAAAGAAUGGCUGGAAACUUUGAGGUUGUUGUUGGAGGGAUUCACCACCAUGUACAGGAAAUACUUUACCGUGGCUGUGGACAGCAACGUGGUGGCCAAGUGGCAAAUUUAUGUUGAUUAUAUGCAAACAUUGAUCAAUUUCAAUUUGAUUGAAGUCAACUUGAUUGUGUUUGGGGCAUUGCAGGAUUUGCUUCGAGCACCGAUUCUGAUUUCAUCGAACCUGCAAGUGACUGACCUCUUGUUCAACUUGUGGAGCAGAGUCCCGGUUGAGUAUGAUUUGGUGAAUCCCGAGUACCAAGAGUCUGUUGUGCUGCACAUGAAAGUUUUCCAACCGUUGUAUCGUCAAUUGGAGCCCAACUUGACCAUUGAGCAAGUUGAUAUCAUUUCAGAUUUGUUCAAUAAAACCGCAAGAUAUCCAGUGAUUCCACUUUCGCAAUUGGACGAUGUGAAACCUUCCAAGCUUCAAGCAGCGAUCUUGGAUAACAUCCGUGAGGUUGAAGUGGACGAUUCGCAAAUACAAGCUGCUAUUGCACAAUUGUUGACCAAUAUUAUCGUGUAUCCAUUUGGAGUCAAGGCUCGCAUCGACCAGAAACUACAGAAUAACCCCGUUGUUAAGAAAAACUACAAGAUCCCCACUUUUACUGCAGUGAGUUUUCACGCGUUGUUACUUUUGGACGACAAGUUGAAAAGAUACGGUUAUGUAAAGUUGCUUGACAAUGAAAAAAACUUGGUGAGAACAAUGAAGGCACUACAUGAAAUAGUUGAGAAUAAAGCAGGAGGCCAAAAAAGAAUAGUGAAUGAAGAAAGUUUAGGUUCGCAGGCACUUUGGCAACGAAGUCAGAACUUGUUGCUACGGAUUAUUGAAUCGCUCUUGAAAAGAGAGCUGGAUCCAAGUGUCGAGCUUUUAAACUUGAUAACCAAGAGCUUGACACUCACCUUGAGGAAUGAAGAUGGCGAGUUUUUGGCAGCAUCUGAUGAAGCAUGCAAGAUUGAACAGUAUUUGCAAUUGAAAAAAGUUGUUGUGCCUCAGUUGGUCAAGACCGAGAAUCCCGCGUUUGUGUUGGAGUUUUUGGAAGAAAUCUACAACACAUCCUACUUGUACGAUUUGAAUGAAGUUGAAAAAAAUCUAAUCUUGAGCAAUGUCAAGGAUAACCACGAAGCUAUUGAGCAAUUGACCACCUUUAGCCUCCACCAGUUUUUCGGAACCACUGAGCCGUUGCACGUUUUCCCCAACAGCAAGAUCAGAAUCAACUGCCUCAAGGAACUAUACGAGUUUCUGACGCAUCCGACUAGCUACAAACCGGUUGCCGAAGUAUACCUCCUCAGAAGAAUAUGCUUUGCCUUGCGGAGAACCAUUGCCGAUUUGAAACUCGUCGUGCGCCGCCCAUUACCCAUGAUCCAACUCCAAGAAUUGAGGUUGAUUCUUGAGAUGUUGGACAGCCUCAAGGAAAUCUCGCUACCAAACGUCCAUCUUUCCAAAAAGAUGAACCAAUUGUUGAUUGAAUUGAUCCCUCAUGCAAAGAAAGUUGCCGGCAUGGGUCACGUGCUUUCCCAAAUCUUGAUCAAAAAGGGUGUGUCGUAA